AUGCCAAUGCCUACGCAGAGGGAGCUGCAAAAGGAGAGGCUGGAGGAGGUGAUCGGGCAAGAGGAGGAGCCGCUCAAAGCCUCCGAGAAAGUGUCCAGGGACGGGAAGAGUCAAAGGGAACUGCAGAGAGAAGAGCUUCAAAGACUGCUGGACCCACAAAACGAGCAAGAGCAGAAGGAGGAGAAGGAGGCGAAGAUGAAGUCGCUUGAAGCAAAGAUCGCCGAGAUGCAGGCAGAGCUAGAAGCAAUGAAAGCCUCUGAGAAGGUGAAGUCGGAGGCGAGGCAGAAGCGAGACCAGAAGCGCGUGGUGCGCCAAGGGAACGCGGCACCUGCAACCAAAGGCCUUGACAAGUUUAGAGCUGCCGGGAAAAGGGUGGAGGAAGAGCCCAGCGCCUUCGAGGGUUUUGGCUUCAACUUCGAGGACUUGUUCAAGCUCGGUGGGAACGAGGAGGACAAGGAAGAGGGCAGCAGUGAGGAGUACAAUGUCUAUGGUGAGAGCGACUCUGAGGAGAAGCUGGCCAAGCGGCAGGAGGAAGCCCAGGAGAUCAUAGCCAAAGAGAAGGAGCGCAUGGAGGGUGGAGCCCUAGGCCGCAUGCGCAGAGGCGUGACAGCUGCGGGUGGGGCACGAGAGCGUGCUGCCAAACGCAAAGGCAAGAAGGCAGGAGCAGAGGACGCGAAGCCGCCGGAAGCUGCCCCGCUUCCAGAAGCAGCGGAUGCGAAUCCGUCUGAAGCUGCUGCCUCCAACCCCUUUGGCUUCAACUUUGGGUUUCAGGACGAGCUUUUACCCUUUGGCCAGGACCAGGACUCCAGGUGA